AUGCGGUGGAGGAUGGAAGAAGAUCUAGGGAUUUCGGAGGCGGGGCCCAAGGAAGGGGAUCUGAGCAAGGCGAAGGGAGCAAUGAAGGCAAGCACUGUCUUGAAGAGGGAGCCGGGGGAGGAGCACCAGUGCGACUUCGGCGUCAUCGGCCUGGAGGACUACGUCAUCGGGCCAGACACGGAUGCCUUUGAAGCUGCGCUCUCGAAGCGCACUGCACGCAAGAAGGAGGAGGAGUACGCGUGUCGUCGGCGGGACGAGGAGCUCAGUGACCUCCACUUCAAGCAGGCGCUCGCCGCCGCGCGUGAGUUUGAUGCCAAGCAGGCUGGAUGGCGCCGCGAAGCCAAGGAGCAAGACAAGAAGCACAUCGAUCUUGUCUCCUUCGACGACGAUAAGUGA